AUGGAGUAUGUCAAUGAGAAGAAAAUCAUUGAAACCGAGGCAAAACCAGAAGUGAACAAUUGCUCCCAACUAGAAGAAAUUGAAUGUCAUAUUAAUCGACUCACUAGUUUGGAUGUUUCUAAAAAUAAUAAACUUGCUGAACUAACUUGCAGUAAUAAUCGACUCACUCAACUUAGUUUACCAACCAAUCCUACUAAUUUAAAAACAUUAAUUUUAACAAAUACCCACUUCACUGGUUCCUUAGAAUAUUUAAGCGAGAUGAGGGAAUUAAGAAAACUUAAUAUUAGUGAUACCGAUAUAGACAGCGGUCUAGAAUAUUUGCCCGAUAGUCUAGAAGAGUUUUAUUAUUCUAUGUUUCCAGUAGGUGAAAGACCGAAUGCUAAAUGCCAAGUUUUUGACAACAUCCUAAAAAAUGUAGAAGGAACCAAUUUUUCUGAUAAACUUAAAAUUUAUAAGCAGAAGAAAUUAAAAAAAGAAAUUCAGUUAGUAGAAGCUAGAUAUCGAAGAAUAAUAGCAGACAAAGAACAAAGAAUUAUUGAAUUAGAAACUAAACUACAAAAUAUUCGAAAAAUAGUUCAGGAAGAACAAGUUGCUCAAAUAGCAAUGCCUCCCAAAGGCAACAAUUAA